CGAUGAGCAGCGCCGUCUCCCCGCUGGGUCCGAUUGACCCAGCCUCAGUUCCUGAGGCCGAGACGGAGAAGUCCGCGCCAUGGAUCGUCCGGAAGCUCGUGGGGUCGAUGACAGGCCGCAUUGUGCGGUCCUCAUGGGAGACCCUGAGGGCGUCUGGCACCAAUGUCGUCUGUUUGUCACCGUGGGGCGACUCGUCUCCCCUCCUUCUACCGUGCAUUCGGUUCAGGGAUCUUGCGGUGCACACUAUCAUAGCUGCGACCGGCGGCAUGGCCGCGGUCGCAGCACCAGUCAUGGGCCCCGUCUCGGACGUGGUGGUGUCCACGCUGGGGGACACCAUCUUAGUCGAGGUGGGCAUGCACGUCGGAUUCGAUCUCACCACCAAGGCUGCGAACGACCUCAUCUUCGACGGAGCGAUCAAGAAAGCAUUUCCUAUUCACUCGCGCAGGCUCGAGACGACCGGUGUGAAGACGAUGACAAUCACGCUCAAGUACAAACAUGUCCCUGAGGAUGCCUCGCUUGGGUUCUACCGCAGUGGACUGCACAAGGACAACUCGCUGUUCGCGAGCGUCAUGGACUACCUCGCGGUCGAGAAGGGCUGGUUCUCGCCAUACCUGUUCGCGAGCGGCCGCCGCCCCGUCAUCCCGCGCUCGGUCAAGCCAGAUGUCAUCUUUUGUCACGGUCCAUUCCUGUCCGGUGACUACAGGGUGGGCGAGGCGCUCCUCGCCGAGUCCGCGGCGGUCAUCUCGCUCAGUAAGGUCGUCGCCCCUCCUUCGGAGGAGCCAGCCGCUCCCCAGCCGCACUCCGCGCACAACCUCAACCUCCCGAACCUCUCGAACGUGUUCUCGCGCUCGCGCACCCCGUCGCCCGACCCGGCGCUCACCCCGCUUCCGCCGCCGCCGACGCCCCGGCGCCUCGCGGUAUUUGUCGUCGGGCUGAAGCCGCACCGCACGUUCUGGACAACGAGCGCGCGCCCGAGCGAGAGCGUCGUGCAGUAUCAGCUGCUGAACGGAUGCCCCGCGCUCGUCGUGCCUGCGAAGAUAGGGGCGCCGCUGCUGGCGUGGGACACGCUCACGCUGGAGCAGCUGUGGAAGGUCGCGUUGCCGGAGGGCGAUGCCUCAGAUGCGAAGAGCGCGGAGGGCAAAUUCGAGGGGAUUACGACCGUGCUGUACGAGUUCCUCGACCUGUGCACUGACUGGGAGCGGGUCGUGCUCUCAACGGAGCAGGCGGGCGAGGGAGAGGAUGUGCAGGACGGUACGGCGGUGGCGGACUUGGAGGAGAAGCGGGAGGCGCUGAAGGGCGCAAUCAAGGUGCUCGUCGCCGCUGCUAUCCGAAGCGGCGAAAGUAAGGAGGCUAAGAAGGAGGUCGAUAAGGAGAGAAGCGGAAUCGCUAUGUGGAGGAUUCCCUAGGUCUCGACGGUGCCACAGACAUGAGGCAGGCUUGGAAUAGGACACGCCGGAGGAACAAGGGCGCGAUACCUCUUCGAGUUCAUUCGACUCAAGGAAGUUAUACCAGUUCCUGGCUCUCUACUUGAAUUGCAAUUUGUAUCGAUGUACGCAAACUACUUCCAUUAAAACAUGCUCCCAGUCUGAGAGCGGAAUUGAAUCAUGACCCACAAAGUAGUAGACACGAUACGUAAACCACAAGGUCCCUAUCACAGAUUGAACGACUGCAAGAUGGUCUCUGUCGUAGCCCACAGUUCCUCCGCGAGCUCCUUGCUCUCAGCCUGCGGAGCAGGCGGUGGGACAAUCUUGCCAGGGGGGUCAAGGUACGCUCCCUUAUACUUGUCCCUUUCCGCCUUGACGAUCGGGGACGCGGCAGCGAAGGACGAUGCGUGUGCGCCCUCCGAGGCUGCAAAUAACAGCUUCCCGAUCACGAGCUUGAGGAUGGGCCCAAUGAUAGGCAUGGUCACGCCGGGGUCCUUCCUGACACCCUCUGUGUUGACCGCGCCGGGGUGAAGGGACAGGACGGUGAUGGGUAUCCCUUCGAAGUCGAGCCGUCUUUGCAGCUGCUUCGCGUAAAGCACGUUGGCAAGCUUGCUGUAAGAGUAUCUGUAGUAGUCGGAAAGCAUGCCGUUUCCAAACUUCUCGUUGAUGUCGUUGAUGUCCCGGUAGUGUACAUCCCGGCCUUUCAUCGCACUGAUCGAUUGGGACGCGACUAUGACUAUGCGGACGUCACUCUCUGGCUUCUUGGCCGUUUCGCUCAGGAGUGGCAGCAGCGCCUUCGUGAAAACGAACGGGCUGAUGUGGUUCACAAGCAUAUUCUGCUGGAUGCCAUAGGUGCUGUCAAUCUUGUAGGGAAUGCGCAUAACGCCUGCAUUGUUUACGAGAAUAUCCAGUCGUUUCUCCUUCGCAAGGAAUGUCUCCGCACUUGCCUUCGCCUUGCGUGGGUCGCUCAGAUCAAGCUCAAGCCAUUCCAGCUCUCCGUUCCCGGGCUGCAGUCCCUCGGCGCGCAAUCGCUCAAUUGCGGCUUUGGCACGCUCCUCACUGCGCGCGCCGAUAUAGACUUUCGCGCCGUGCCGCGCGAGGUUCUGCACAGUUGCAUAGCCGAUGCCGCUAUUGCCACCGGUGACGAUCGCGACCUUGCCUGUGAGGUCCGCGAGGUCCUUCGUUGGGUCGAACGCUGGCGUGCUGCUGGAAAAUAAGCC